GAGGCUCUUUUUCUCGUUCAGGAUUUCGGUUUCUUAGGCGCGAGGAAAGAAGAGUUAGCUCAGUUGUUCCCUGUCGUUAAUAGUCGAUAAAUUGACGUUGAGUGUUUUCUGGAAGUUAGUGCAAUCGAACAGGACCGCCCCGAUAUAUCCUACUGUUGCAGCAGUGCUAGCUUUGAGCUUUGUAUCAAAUCUAUGUCGGACCGCCACCGUUGCCGGAGUGAGUUGAAAAAUAUGGGGUGUAAUUGUUGUGUGUAAUAUGGUUGGCAGCGGACAUGGAUUAUGGUUUUUCGUAAAAGUCUUUUUGAUUUUGGACGCGAAGAGCAGCGCUCGUUUAGUUCAUUGUCGAAGAACUAUUUUUUUAAACUCACUCAAUAAUAGUGCAAUAAACGCGUGUGAACCAACGGUCAGUGACAGCAGUAAUUAUUAAUAACUGUUUCAGGUGAAAUUUGCCCGAAGUACGACAGCAAGCAGCCCCUGUGGAUGAGUCAAAUCGGCGAAAUCCAACCUGAAGUAACAGCGAACAAACUCUGGUGUGUAAUGCGCAACAAAUACUAGCCUGGCAGCGUCUUCAACUGUAGCGAACAAUAGGUGACCAAAAACUUUUGACCGCCGUACAGCAGCCGUGGCAUCAGGCGUCGGACGAAAUGACCCAGGCUGAAGAGGUGCGCGAAGUGAACCAAGUCUGUAUCACCAAUACACCCGACCUGCACUCCCAGGCAGCACAGGCAGAUCGCAAGUCGUCUCCACAUCCACCUCCGCCACCACCACCUCCUCCACCAACCUGCGGCGGCUCGAGUGUGGACCUCUGGCACAGUACAAAUCUCAACGUGCUAACCUCCUGCUUUAGCAACAAAUGGCACCCCCACGUAUACGCGAAUCCCCCUAAACAGCCAACGCCACACUCCAUCAUGGACAUUCUAGGGUGGAAGAAUCCUAUGAAUAGGGCAUCUUCCCCGAGUGUUGAGUCCAACAACCAUCUGGUGCCAUAUCUCAUGCAUAGCCUGCACGGUGCGAAGGAGGACAACGAAGACCAGCCACUUGAUUUGUGUAUCUCCAAACCAUCAACUCAGCUGGAUAAAUCCUACGAAGAAGAAAUCACCCAAGAAUCGGUUCGCUCUAUUAGUCGGGAGCGGGCUCACUCGACGGAUGUGGAAUCGGAUAUCUACGGUUCCAAUGAGUCGCAGCAGUCGCUGAAGGAACUGUCCUCGUCGUCGAGUACGCAAAAGCUGACUAGUUUUAGCGUGAGUUCAAAGAAAAACAGCCGCUCGGAAGUGCUGCUCAAUCCGGAAGACACCGACGAUACUCAGCUGGACGAGAGCAGUCGACGAAAGAAGAAAGCCAGAACCACAUUCACGGGGCGACAGAUUUUCGAACUAGAGAAACAGUUCGAAGUCAAAAAGUAUCUGUCCUCGAGCGAGCGAACAGAAAUGGCGAAGCUGCUAAACGUAACGGAAACACAGGUAAAAAUCUGGUUCCAAAAUCGACGCACCAAGUGGAAAAAACAGGACAGCGAAUAUUCCUCCGUCAAUCCAAACAAGGAACCCAAAGCCCCCAAAACCCCCUCCACAUCUCCGCCGGCUUUAUCCUCGCCCGCAUUUCCAACGGCUUCCUUCUCGUCGCAGCAAUCCACUCCACCGGCAAGCGACGAAAAACCCCAUCAACCGCUCAAACCGACCCAGAAACAUUUCAGUAAGCACUCCAAAAUGCGCCAACAUCGAACCAAGUCCGACGACAAACCGCUCGAUACCCCCCCGACGAACAAGGAGCAGCAGCUCAACUCGUUCAAAGAGCACAAGAAAUAUCCGCACUCGCUUCUCGAUCCUAGUCUGUCCAGUGACGUUGAGUCGCGCAUCUCGGCAUCGAAGAUUUCCCUGGAUGCCAUCUGCAGUGCCACCAAUUUCCUUAUGAACUCAUCCCCACCACCGAGCAGCUCCUCCUCCCCGCACAAUGCGACGACCCUGAAUCCGCCACCCAGUGAAAGUUUCUUCUGCCAGGCCGCCAUGGAAGAUUUAUGCGAUAUGAAAUAGUAGUAGAACACGGUCUCUGCCUCUUCUGUCCCGAGCAACUGUUGGUGUGUGUACGUGUCCUCCAAUGACCUAGUUUUAUUCUAGUAUCAAAAAGUCAUUACAGUACUAUUAAAACGAAAAGGAAAUUAUUUUGUGACGUUCGUUUGGAGAAAAAAUGACGUAACUAGCUUGUACCAUGCGCGAACGAUGUGAGAUUAAGAAAAAUAAAGUAGAAAAAAACGAAACACAAUC